AUGGAGCAUGGUGAAGAAUUUAAGGAUCUAGUCACUCAACGUUUUCAAUUUAUUAUGUGCGUUGAUAUAGAACCAAAGACUUUAGAGCGAUUUCCUCAAGUUUCUGAAUAUGUAACUCAAUUUGAGAAAAUUUCGAACUCAUCAUCUUCUCUUGGAACGAUAAAAGUCAUCACAACAGACUUUUUUAACGCCAAAUCAGUCAACGAUAUAACUAAUUUUUCAAUAAAAGCAUUAGAUGAAAUCGGAUCAAUAUUUGGUAAGAGCAAAUACUUCAAAGAGUUUAAAUUGUCAAACCACAAGCAAAUAGUAGAUAAAUACAACCUGAAAAUGAGAACAACUAUGUUUAAUUUAAACAAUUUAGAUCAUCAUACUCCAUGGUUCACGUGGUUUCGACAAUUCAUUUUCCAAAAUACACAGUUCCAAAAAGGAUUCUUAACAGACGUACCAUUUUGCUUUUUAUACAUUUCAUCAGAUGGAAUCCAAAAUUUACCACAAAAUCGACUUAAGAAUUUACAAAUACCCGACUUAUACGCUGAACUAUCUAAUGGUGAUGAAUUGAAACUACUUGCGAAGAAUUGUUGCCACAUUUUGGUUUAUUUAUCGGAUGAUCCCCAAGAACUCUCAAAAUUCCAUGGGUUUUCGGCUUUCGACCUUGUUUUCCCCAUGCAUAUAAACAAUUUCCAGAAUUCUAUGUCAGAUAUUUUCCAACACAUAAAUUUGACAUUUUUAAACACCCAAUACUUAAGCUUACAGAAGAUUAUCAGCCCAGACCAAAACACAAAGAAGUCCAUCUUCUCAUCCAAGCCCACAAAUCUCCAGAAAUUGAGAUUGGCCACAUAUAACUUUCAAUUGUCGAAUUUUUCAGACGCUUUGAAGAUUUUCUCGUCAUUUUCAAGUAACAUGACUGGAAUAAAUUACCAAUACGUUCAUUUGAUGAAGCUUUUGUGUACAAUUUUCGAUCCAAAGCAGAAUUUCCAACCAGACAAAGUUUUGUUCCAAGAUGAAGUACAAUCUGAAGAUACCCUAUACAUUUUACUACGUUACGUCUUACAUUUAUCAAUGAUUGAAUCAUUUGAUAUUGAUAUCCAAGAUUUUGAUAGAACGGAACGUCGAAUCAUCAGAUGUUUGAAGCCUAUUACUGAUACAAAGCUCAAAUCAAUUCUCAGAGCCAUGGCUUUUGAAGAAUUCGGAAUUUUUUAUUUCAGACAUGGCUUUUUGAAGAAAUUUGUUGGAUCAUUAUUCAUUAGUGCCCAACACUACCUUAAAUUAGGUCUCAAUGGCCACGUAAUCCGAUGCUUUUCCUUAGUUCAUCAUAUUAUGUACGGAAUGAACGACUUCAAUACAUAUUUCGUUGCUGGAAUACCAUCACAGAAUGGCUACAGAUCAAUGCCACCUCAAUGGAUCUACAUUUCAGGCUACAUUUUCCUUCAAUUAUCAAAAGCUCUCUGUUACUCACAGCAAGCGCGUGAUUCCUUGGAGAUUCUUUUGAUGACGGUUUCUUCUGAAUCAAAUACAUCACGCCAUGAUGAAUCUUCUCUCAAAAACUUGUUUUCAAUUUUGAAUUUAGCGAAACAAGGCAUUAUUGAGAUCAAAGACAUACCACUUCUGUUCAUAGACAAAGCACACAUCAACAUUAAGUGCUACGGAACACUUGAAUACUUCAAUUUCGCCGAAAAAGAAUUUGAAGACGUAUUAGACAUCAAAGAUAGGAAAUUCAAGUCAGUUCGUGGUGUUGGAGCCAUUACUAUGCUUUGGCAAUCGAAAGACAGGCCAAAAGAACAAACUUUUGUUGUUGGAGAAGAAAUUAUUGUCGAAAUUCCAAUUAAAAACAGAAGGAAUUUCAGUUUGAUGCUUUCAAAUCUUAAGCUUCUCAAUGAAGGCCCAGAUCUCAACUGCUCGGUCAUCCAAAGUGUAGAAGUUGGCAAAAAUCAGUCGGCAAUUUUGAAAUUCACAUUAAAACCGUCAAAAAGUGGACUUUACAAAUUACAAAGUCUAUCGUUCCGAUACUGGUGCAUCAUUGAUGAUAUUAUCUCCUUUGAUCCUGUAGAAUUUAAUGUCGUCGAUACUUUCCCAUCUUUAUCGGUUUCUUUUGAAGAAAUUCCAACAAAAAUUUCUGCCGGCCAAACAGUCAGCGGUUUUUGUAAACUCACGAAUUUCGGAACCAAACCCAUAUCGGAAAUAGCUGCAAUUUCUGAUAACGCGUCCAAUUUCAAGUUCGAAAAUCCAGGACAAGAACUUGAAAAGAAAUUAAUCACAAAAUUUGCUUUACAAGAAGGGUUAAAAGAGAAAGAGACAACUAACAUACCAUUUACCCUCCAUUUCAUUACCGAAGGACAAGCCGUUAUCAAGUUUUUGUUCAAUUUCCGAUCCGAUGAAAAAUCUUCUUGGAGAUUCGUUCCAUAUGUUUUGAAAUUCGAUGUUGUCAGACAUGAGAGCUAUUCAUCAAGGAUAAUUAACCACCAAACGUUCGUUGAUCGGCAGAUUUUGUUGUCAGAAAUUUCUACCGAUGAAAAUGAUAUCGAAAUCGAUAAGAUUUCUAUCAUCGGCAAGAAGAUAUUAGACUUUUCUCCAACAAAAGUUCCGAAACACUCCCAUUUCUCGCUGAUUAAUCAAAUCAUUGAUGAUCCAGACUCAACACUCGACCAGAAAGAGCUUUCUAUGCUAGAUACAUCAGUAUAUUGCGGAAUUGUUCAAAUGAAAACACCAGAAAACACUAUUUCCCACUUCUUUAUUGAAGGAUUCACCAAACCAACAGAAGAUGUCCGAUUUUCAAUAUUUGCUGACUCAGAAGUCACGUUUUCUCAUGAUGCAAAGAUCGAAGUUCAAGUUUGCAUCAAAAAUCACGGAAAUCAACCUUCAAAAGAGCUUUUGAUUUCUCCUUACAAGUCAGCACUAACCAAAUCCGAACAUUUGCUUUGGACAGGAACAAUUAAAAAGAAAAUCAGACCAUUGCAACCAGGAGAAGAAGAAAAAAUCACAUUUAUCGCACAACCAAUCACUCCAGGCAUUUAUCAGACAGGAUACUUCAAAAUAAGGAAGGGUGAACAAACGGAAAUAGUGAAUUUGUCUCAUAUUAUUUUUGUAAGAAUGUAA